GACUUGAUUGCAAAUCUCCCUUUUCUUCAGACCAUUCCGGAAUAAACACUUUGCUCGCUUCCCCUCCUUUCUUUGCAGAGCCCUAGGCGUUCCGCAUCUGGUUUUUUAUUUUCUUUUUACGAAGAAUUUGGGAGGUCAUGGCUAGAUUAUUAUCGUCAAACGCGGUGUUGAAGGCCAUCGCUACUGUCCCAGCUGCUCUUUCUAGUAGAAACGUAUUUGGAUCCUUCUACCCGAGUGGGUUGAAAUACUCAACAUCUGUUCCCGGUGACCCUGAUACACAUGAAGAUUUUAAACCAACAAAUAAGAUUCAGAGUUCUGAUGUUUCUUUGAAGGAUGUUGUUGAGCAGGAUGUCAAGGAAAAUCCUGUGAUGAUUUACAUGAAAGGGGUACCUGAUUUUCCUCAAUGUGGAUUCAGUUCAUUGGCAGUAAGAGUGUUGAAACACUACAAUGUUCCUUUAAGUGCAAGAAAUAUUCUGGAAGAUCCUGAGCUGAAAAGUGCUGUUAAAGCCUUCAGCCAUUGGCCCACAUUUCCUCAGAUAUUUAUUAAGGGAGAGUUCAUUGGGGGUUCAGAUAUAAUUCUCAACAUGCACCAGAAUGGAGAACUGAAAGAAAAGCUCAAGGAUAUUGUAGGCAGUCCGAAGCUCGAAUAAUUCACUGUUGAAUCUCAAGAUUGUAGUAGGUUUUUGCUUUAUUUGAAAGUAUUUUUGUUUGCCCCUUUUCUUCUCCGGAAGAUGAUAAAGAUAAAAAGGUUCCAUAUGUUACUAAUGUAUGAUGACCUUGACUUGUUAAAAACUUUCAAAAAAUAA